AGAGCCAGGGAUUUUUGGCAAGGACUAGAGCCCUCCCCUUUCCUCUUGCUGAAGGCUGUUUUGGCAGCAUCCCCCCCCCUCCUGCUGCUUUCUGGCAGGGCCCUGGACAGGGCUGGAGAGAACAGCAAUAGAGAAAGGGGGGGGGGAAAGCAAAGAAAGAAAAAAAACCCAAAUAGUCCAGUCUGGGGAGGUUUGUGUGUGUUGCCCUUUCGUAAUUACGUCGUGUCCUGAGCUUCCCCCCCACCCCCCUCACCCCCCAUCACACAGCCCCCCUCCCUCCCUUGUUCUUCCCCCUCCCUCUUUCCCUCACAUCCCUUGUAGACAGCAAUUAAGCAUUGAGGAUAAAACACACAGCCCGAGAGAGGGCUGAGGCUUUUCUCCCAGAGAUGGCGAGUCGGACAGCUCUCUCCCUCCGGCCAGGAGUCUUCCUCUUCCUCCUCUCCAUCCUUCACCCCACGAGGCAAGGAGGGGUCCCAGGGGCUGUUCCUGGGGCUGUUCCUGGAGGGGUCUUUUAUCCAGGAGCUGCUGGUCUUGGAGGCCUUGGAGUUGGGGGUUUAGGAGGAGCAGAAGCACUGGCUCCAUCAGCAGCCGCGGCCAAAGCCGCCGCCAAAGCCGCCCAGUAUGGGUUAGUCCCAGGUGUGGGAGGACUAGGAGGGGUCCCAGGUGUUCCUGGUGUUGGAGGUCUCCCAGGAGCAGUAUCUCCAGCAGCCCAGGCUGCAGCCAAAGCAGCCGCCAAAGCCCAGUACAGAGCUGCUGCUGGGAUCGGAGGAGUUCCUGGCUUCCCAGCUGGAGUUGCAGGUGGCAUCUCUCCUAGUAUUGGAGCCAUCCCAGGCUUUGGGGCUGGUGUAGCUCCAGGAUCCUUGGCAGCAGCAAAAGCAGCUAAGUUUGCAGCGGCUGGAGGAGCUAGAGGCCUUGGGGACCUGGGAGGGGUUGGAGCUGGCUUGGUACCUGGUGUGGCUGGAGUCCCAGGAGCAGGGGUUGGAGGUCUAGGAGCUGUUCCAGGAGCAGGUGCUCCAGCUGCAGCUGCAGCUGCCAAGGCCGCUGCCAAGGCUGCCCAGUUUGGCCUCGGAGGAGUUGGAGGUCUGGGAGGCAUCCCAGGCGUUGGUGUUGGAGGUGUCCCAGGUGUUGGCAUUGGAGGCGUCCCAGGUGUCGGAGUUGGAGGUGUCCCUGGAGUGGGUGGUAUAGGAGCUCCAGCUGCAGCUGCUAAAGCCGCUGCCAAAGCAGCUAAGUUCGGUGCUGCUGGUGGGGCUGGCCUUGUGCCAGGAGCUGGAGGCUUGCCAGGGACCCGAGUGCUGCCAGGGGGUGCCCCAUCACUUGGCUUUGGACUUUCACCUAUUUUCCCAGGCGGUGCAGCUGGUGGGCUGGGAUUUGGUGCAAAACCUGCCAAACAGUAUGGCGGCGCCCUCGGAGCCCUGGGAUAUCGAGGUGGGGCUUGUUUGGGGAAAUUGUGUGGCCGGAAGAGAAAGUAAAUCUUCCCAGGACACCCGACCCGCGACCUCAUGAACUUUGAUGCUACUGCCUAGUCUAGAAUGUAUACCUUGAGUGACUCCCUCUCCCUCUCCCUCCUUCGCCCUCCCUUCCCUUCCCACCCUCUUGCCUCCCCUUCUCCCAGGGUCAGAUCCUUCUCACUGGAGUGUUCCUAUAGUCACCCACCCAUCUGGUGGGGAUAGGGGAUGGGGUGGAGGCAUGGGCCCACGGGGCAAACAAACACAAGAACCAGGGGUCUCCUUCCCUAAAGGAGCUUGGGUAAGGGGGGGGAUCAGAUCCCCUCUCUACCACCACCUCAUUCCCACCUAGGAGCUCUCCCCUCUAUGUUCAUGAUCUUGAGGGAAAUAUGGUGCUACUUGUUGGUGCUUAUCACUUUCUUGGGGGUGAGGGAGGAGGGAAGAGGGGGGGUCCCCUGGAGGAGCCCCUCACCCAGAGGCUCCUCUAAGCACAGCCCUGGAGAUUUUCAAGACAUCCAACCCUACCCCUGCCAGGAAAGGUCAGCCCAGGACCCACAACCAUGCUCUCCCACUGGGGUGACCAGUCUUUGGGGUUGGAUCUGUUUGCCCUACCUUCUACCCAAGCACUUUAAGUCAGCCUCAGUCCUGGUUGUGACCCAUCUAGAUCUGGCUGCCUCUUCCCCCCAGAGGGUUGUCCCUUCAGUCUCUCCCUUCCUAGCUGCUCCUCACAUCCAUCCAUGGAGCCAGUAUACCUGAAGACUGGGAACAGCUAUGCCCCUGAUCUUUUCAGAAUUUAUCCUUCCAUCCAUCCGUCCACCCCUCGCUCAAAAAAAGUUUACCACCCAGUCUGGCAAGAGGCUCCAGCCCCAGAAGACUUGAAUGUCUUUCAGUGAUGCCCUCCACCUUGUAGGACCUGUCCUGGUCUUCCCCACCUCUACCCCUCACCCCAACCCAGCCACCACAUACACUCACGCACACCACUGGCAAGGGGAGACCCCUGCCAUGGAGAGUGUGGGAACGCAUGCAUGUACUCACCAUUGACAGCGACUCCAUCCCUGCCAGGCCUGGGACAGCCACCACUGCCUAGAACCCCAAGAGGCCCGAGGGUGGGGCUGUGGCGGGAGGGGAAUCUGAGGGAAAUGAGGGCCCAGAGCCCCCUGCCUAUCCCUGGUAUAUCUCACACAGCAGUACUGUAUCCUCAGUCCCUUGAGCCCCUGGGCGUCGGAGCAACUCUUCCCAACAUUCAGGCCCUGUCUCCGUGUCUCGCUGUGAUAGAUCAAUAAAUAUUUUAUUUUUUGUCCUGGAUACUUGGGGUUUAUUUUGGUUUGGGAUUAUUUUUGUUUGAUUUUGUUUUGGGGGUGUGUGUUUAAAUUUUUUUCUGGUUUGGGGAGCUGUACCCCACAGAGGGGAACUGACCCCCUAUGUUCAUUUUAAUCACUUUGGUAUCACUUUGGAUGGAACACACUUUUUUUUAUAAGAAAAGAAAAGUAACUGCUUCAGAAAACAGACUAAUAAAUGAAAACCUUUUAAAGGAAA